UGUCUUCGGCAGUCAGCCUAACCAAUCCUCAGAGCCCAUUUCAGCGCCUAUUGCCAGGGCCCCUUAGCCUUUCCCCUGGACAGGGGCCCAGACCACCCAGCUGCUCCAGCCACAGUCCUGAGCAGCCUUCACAGUCCCUGGCCGGACACCACAGCCUCCCAGAGCCUUCUUCCCAAGCAGGACUCUUGGCCAGUCUGAACAUGCAGAGCAGCAGAGAUGGCCCUCUGAACAAUGCUGCAGCAGAGCCAGCUCUGGUCUGCCAAGAUGAUCUGAGCUCCUGUCCAUCCCGUUCACAGCCAGCAAACCACGUGGUUCCUGGAGAUGUGGAUUUGAAACUGGAGAGACAGCCAGAUAUCCAUGCUGGGGAGGAAGACGACACACCUCUGGAUAUAGGUUUGGAGCUGCAAGAUGAUGGAGAGCUGUCUGCUGAAGAAAUACAAUUUCUGGAAGAGUUUCCCAGAUGGGAAAAGGAGCAAGAAAAGGUCAUUGCGAAGCUCCAUGCCCUUGCAGAUGAUGCUGACUCAACCCACCAAAAAUUCACCAAGACCAGCGUGGUGGCCGGCUCCACCAGUGUCAUCUCUGGAGUCGUGAGUGUGUUUGGGUUAGCCCUGGCUCCAUUAACAGCGGGCGGAAGCCUGAUCCUUAUGACUGCUGGCCAAGGUGUGGGCUUAGCAGCUUCAGUCAUUAAUAUUGUGACAGAUUUGAUGGAAAACUCUCACACUAACAACAUCCGCACUCAAUCCAACCAACUAGUGCCCCCUCAUGAUGGAACAUUCCAAAAGGACACUGGAGGACAGAUGGCAUCUUAUGUCAGGGCUUCUGGAGAGAUUGUGUACAAGUGUGGGACCUCUUUUGAGGUUAUCAGAAAACAUAUACAUGCCUUGAGACUGGCUAAAGCCUACCCACACCUGGUCCCUGCAGCCAGACAUCUUAAAACCGCUGGCCAAGUGGUGGGUCCAGUUGGCAGACAUGUGCACAAGGCCUUUAAGGACACAGCCCUGGUCAUGUCACAAAAGGCUCUACUGAAGAGUGGUGCAUGCACUAUCUUUUCUCUUGGCUAUGAUACGUACAAUCUCCAAGAGAAGCUGAUGGAACUGAAGGACAAAAAAGUCACAGAGCUUGCAGAAGAGCUAAGGAGCCAUGUUUUGGAGCUGAAAGAGGAGAUUUUCCAAAUGAAGGAGAAGUACAAGGCACUGCAGCAGAAGAAAUCCUUGAGAGAAGGAAGGCUCAAGAAGUCACCCCUGAAGGGAGCCAAGGGAACUCAAACUCAGCUUGGGACAUAAAAUAGAAAACAUCACAUCUGAAAGGGCAAGAUAUAC